AAGAAGUAAAGAACAGUAACCUACAAUCGGACAUAGACAUCCUAACAAUAGCUCAGACAAUGGAUGUAAAUCAGUUCUAUGAUUUGGGCAUAGCUCUUGGUUUCACCAUAGCUGAGUUGGAUCGGAUAGAGUACAGGAGAUUCGGAGAUAGGCAGCAAGCUACCUAUGACAUGCUACUGGCAUGGAGGGGGAGACAAGCAUGUAACCAAGCAGCAAAGAAUACUCUCAUCACAAUUAUAGAAUCAUUCAACUCAUCUUCAAAUGAUACAACCUUCCCAGAUAUUGACCCGACUGAAGAGAUUUCCGACUGCACGCUAUUACAAUUUUCCCGUCACAUUAUAAAAGAGAAAUUCUAUGAGAUUGGCAGGCAGCUGGGAUUUGACGAGAUAGAGUUACAUCACAUCGAGCAUCGAUCCCUGUACAAUAGAAAGGAUGCUAACAUUCAAAUGCUCUCGUUGUGGAAAGCAUCUCAAAUAUCAUCAGAUAAACCGGAUGAGAAAUUGAUGACCGUCUGGGAAUCUUUAAAUGAGGCUUCCAAAGUGACGGACGUAAAUGAUGAUGAGAACAGUGAUGAUGUGACCCCUCUUUACCCGGACGUGAAUCCCGACCCAUCACCUCAAGAACCAGAAGAGGAUGAAGAUGAAGAGAAUGAAGAUUGGAAAAUCAUCGAAUACUCAGAGUCAGACCAAGAUGACAUUGUUGGAGACUUCGACGAGUAUGGAGGUUCACCUGGUAAUUCAGAACUUUGUGCAGUUGUUCGUCCAGUGGCGAAUGUUACGUUGGCCUUACAAGUAGCUAACGCUCUUCGCUUGGACGUGAAUGACAUCAUAUCUCUCAUUGCUCCUCACGACCCUGCAUUAAUGGUGAGACUAGCAUGGAAACUCUUGCAUCAAUGGUGUAGACGUUUAGGAAGACAGGAGAAGGAAGAGAAGAUGUCUACGCUUCUUCUAGGAUACAACAUCGAAGCCGCUCCACCAGGUAUUGAUGAAAUCUCUGUCAAGAUUCGUACAUCUCCAGACCUUAUUGACCUCUCCCAACGGCUAGAUCUACCAGCUUCUGAAAUUCCUCAGGUGAUGGCUUCAUCUUUGACCUUUGAACCUGCCUUGAUACGUCAGGUGAUUCUACACAUGCUUCAGAGAUGGGUCAAACAAGGAGGAACAAGGCUGAGGUUGCUUGAAAUCGUUCAAGCUUUUAAUUUCAAUGAUGCUGCAGAACAUAUAGCCAGAGCAAUGCCACAUCACCCGGGUUUCUUAGAUCCGUUCACACAUGGCCUCAUUGAUCAUGAGGGUGGAGAGCUGAGGAUGGACGAACCUGAUAUUAGGGUAUCCAUUCCUUCAGGAGCGAUCCCCAAAGGAAUGAGAUCACUUGUUACUCUCACUAUACUCAGUCGAAGUCCAUCUAAGUUUCCUCUGGAUCCUGAGGAGGUUCUUAUAACACCACCCAUCCGAUGUUCCUUCAACCAUCAUCUUCUCAAACCUGCAACUAUAGUGCUUCCACACUACAUUGCUCCAGAUCGAUACCAGCAGAAGAAGCAAGACUUGCGUGUGAAGCUUUAUAGCAAAAUAGAACCAGGAGAAUUUGGUUAUAGGACUUUGCUUCCUGAAUCGUCGAAGGGUUUUGAGAUCUCAGAAGACAUAGUUACCUUCUCGACACGUCAUCUUCAAUACUUUGCUCUGUCUUCAAACGAUAUUCAUGGAGUUCCGUUCACCUGUGAAGUAUCACAGCCUCUGUCCAUGAGCAACUUCCAGCAUCCCAAUCUUCGAAUCUACAUAGCACAUCCUUGCAACACUACAGGUGUAAGAGGACAGAAUUAUAGCUUAUCAGAACCAUUCUAUGAAGUCACGACUGUAAUCAAAUUUAAUUUGGAAUCUGCUGAAGAUGACAUCAAGAUUUCAUGCCUAACUGGCUCUGAGAAGACCCAAGAAACUGUUCAUGUGUGUUCCCUACUAUCUGGAGGUUGUAAUACUAUCAACAUCAUUCUACCGCCCUCAACCGAUGAUAAGAUUGUUCGUGUUUCCAUUGAGCAAGGCCAGGUCACACUUGCAGAACAAGAAAUUAAUAUCUCUAAAGAAGUGGAACCUGAUUACGAAAAAACACAAAGAAGAGGCCGAUUGAGGUUCGUUUCGAACGACGUGAUACAGGUGUUGACUGGUUUAGUCUCUGGAAUAAAGGAUGCAAGUGAGCUUGGUUACCAGCUAGGUUUCUCCCACUCGAUGGUCAGCAAGUAUCUUUCCAGAGCAGACUCUUCUGCAAGUAUUGCCUCGAAUGCAGGUCUUAAAGAGAUGCUUCAAGACUGGAGAAAGCGCGUCCGACCUAGUGGACAGGUUAAAAAACUUCAACUUGCUUUAGAGACCGUUGGGUUAAGAAAUGAAGCUGAAUUCAUAUUUCACGACACUUAGACAUGAUAGAGUGUAGUCGAUCCUCAUAGGCUCAAAUAGGCUCAACUAAUUUCCUACGAAUCUUCCAUGUCUUCUAAAGUAGGAACUGGAGGGGAAAGUUUUGUUAACACUUUAAUUCAGCUUGUUUCGUUACUGCAUGUCAGGUACCUAUUUUCAAGACUGUUAAAGGAGCGCCUUUGGUGAUCUUUUCCAGUAAAAUGAAAGUUAUACUCACUCUGUACUAUCAAAGCAUACAGGGGUGCGUAUGUCUUUUUAGCUUUGUAAAAUGUGCAUGACAGUAAUGUCGAAAUUAAAUGUUAUUGUUCUUGUAAGGUUUAAGGAACUCUAUUUAAUUUGUAUUACUCUGUGUAAUAUAGAUUAUUCAUAUUAAAUGCACAUAAACCAUUCGUCAAGAAUUUAGGAAUAUGUGACUUUGGAAUUGAAAGAAAAUACAUAUUUUAAUUACCACAUGAUAGAUAGUACCAUGUAGGUGUAUAGAGCGGGUUCAUGCUGGUGAUACGUCGAUGUUCAUGACAUAUUCUAUAAAGUGUUAUAGCAACAAGUAGCUUCAUUUAAUCGUUCGCUUGUGGUUGGCAAAGGUUGUGAAUGAAUUAUUUUGUAGCUGCAAGUAUAAAUAAUAUUUAAUAUGAUGUUGAAUAGUAUUUUCUGUGUCAAAAUUGUUAUCUUUGACAGACAUGAUCUCC